ACCAGCCCUGUGUGAGAAGAGAAGGAUCUGUGACACUUUAUUCAGUUAGGCAAGUGUCAGUUCUCUAACACCAUCUGGAUGGAUUAUUUCCAUGCUUCUCGCCCUGUAAGGUCUUUAUAAUGGGAAGUAGUUCUGGCAAAGUGUUACCCGAGCCCUCCAAAAAUGGAUGUUUUUCUCUUAUCAACUCUGUUGUGAACUUCAAGAAACAAGAGACUGACAGGGAAAAGUGUGACGAGAAACAACAAGCUUGGCUUUGGAGGAGAAGAAGUGGUAGAAGAGCUUCCCGAGAAGGAAUAUCAGAAGGAGUCAAGGAACUGGUUCAUCUGGAGGAGAGGAUGAGGAAUCCUAAUGCAAAGUUCCGUUCAAAGUUUGAUCCACGUGUCACAGCGAGGUAUGACAUCAAGGCUCUGAUAGGCUGUGGGAGCUUCAGCCGUGUGGUUCGUGCUGAGCACCGGCGCUCGCGCCAACCCUUCGCCAUCAAACUUCUGGAGGUCAAAGGUCGUGAGGGUCACGAGGCCUGUCAAGCAGAGCUCGGCGUCCUGCGACGGGUGAACCACUGCAAUGUCAUCCGCCUGGCUGAGGUGUUCGAAACGCCACAUCGCGUCUACCUGGUUCUGGAGCUGGCCACGGGAGGAGAGCUCUUGGAGCGCAUGCUCGCCCGAGGAACCUUCAGAGAACGGGACGCCACCAAAGCCUUGAAGAUGGUGGCCAGCGGGCUGUGCUAUCUCCACUCUCUGGGCGUCAUCCACAGGGACCUCAAACCUGAAAACCUACUGUACUACCACCCGGGACAGGACUCGCGCUUGAUCAUAACAGACUUUGGGCUCGCUUGUUGGGACAAGACGCCGGCCUCAUAUCAAAGCAGGGAAGAUACAAGUGUCUCAACUCACGACACGAACUGCGACUCGUCCUUUAGCGCUGUAGACUUCGAGAAGAGGCGUCAGAGUAAAGAUUGGGCUGUGAGGACACUCUGUGGGACACCGGAGUACCUGGCCCCUGAGAUGCUGGCUCAGACACCCUGUGGCAGCGCUGUGGAUAUGUGGGCGCUGGGCGUCAUCACUUACAUCGUGCUGAGCGGAUCACUGCCCUUUGACCAGAGCAGCCGACCGAGGCUCUUCAGGGCCAUUCUCAGGGGCAGCUUCAGUUUCCAUGGUGAUCCAUGGAAAUCAGUAUCUACAUUGGCCAAAAGCUUCAUCGAUCACCUCCUGACCCUUGAGCCCGAGCACCGCAUGACCGCUGAGGAAGCUCUCAAGCAUCCGUGGCUGGUCAGCAUGGCAGCCUGUUCUUCUAACAAGAACCUACACCGCUCCAUUUCCCGAAACCUCCAGCGGCGGGCGUCACGGGCCUCCUCUCGCUGCCCCAGCUCGGGCUCUACUCCUGGGUCACGCGUAUCGAUGAGGUCUGGGUCACGGCCAGGUUCUGGGUUGCGGUUACAGCGACAGGUCACAGUGCCUGAAGAUCGCUGCUUAGUAUAGGGUCAAGUUUUGACUGGUUAGCGUGAACCCAGUGGACAAGAUUUCUAUGUGAGAGG